UCCUGGGCAUCAGCCACGGGUCAGGGUCACCGCGCAGCAGGUGGGGCAGCUGCGAAUGAGCUCCCCACCUUGGGGGUGUGGCUGUUAGGAAGGGUGUUUGUGGGGGGACCCGGGGCUCGGAGAGAGACAGGGGACCUGAGGGUCCAGGCCUCAGCCUCCCUCUGUUGAGGAUUCAGGAAGAAGCUUGGAGGACUCCCCAGCUUGGUUUCUAGCCUCUAGGCCCUUGCCCGUGCUGAGCCCUCUGCCUGGAUGGCCUUUCCCAGCUGCACCCCACCUGGUAGACCCGACUCACACCCAAGUCCUAGGAAGACGGAUUUUCCUAACUGGCCACUUGGGUUUGUGACUCCACAGGCAGUGCUCCCAAACACUUGAUCUUCCCAUCACCCCAGAUUCCAGCGAUCUGUGGUGUGGCCACAGAUGCAUGUUUCAUAAGCGUGUCCCUUCUGGAUCGUGUUCUGAGAAAUGCUGCCUCUUUCUUCAGCCUAGGAGCUCUUUGAAGGCAGAAUGAUUGAGUGAAUAAGCCAAGACAUAUUCUCUGCUCUGGAGAAGGGGCUGGGGAUCCUCCCAGGCCUCUCUGGCCGGGGCUGAACCUGCAAGGGCCCAGAGGUAGUGUGAUGCAUGGCUUGAAGGAAGUGGGCAUUAGGACCAGGGUGUUGGAGUGUGAUUAGGAGUUUGCCAGAUGGAGAAAGUAUGGGAUCAGGCCCUAGUGGGUGGGGUCAGGGCAGGGGAGCAGGGAGGAGGCUGGAGCUGAGGGCCAAGCCCAGAGCCCAGCUGGCCACUGGGAUGUGAUUAAUCCCCGCUCGGCCUGGCUGGGUGGUCUUGGACUCACUGCCAUGUGCCCUGGCUGGCUCCCUCCAGAACCUACUCUGGGUUCUGGCAGGGGGAGGGCAGACUUCAAAAAGUGCCUGGCCGGGGCAUGAGAAGGUCCAGAUCACCCCCCCCCCACCACCACCACAUCUCAUCUGGCCUUGGGGAAGGGAACUCCGUUCUCCCACUUCCGUUCUGCUUGUGAAGCCACCCAGGGGGAGCGUUUCCAGAUGUGUGUGUGGGCAGGCAGCGUGGGAGGUGCCCAGGUGCGGCCCACAUGCCCUGCCUCUGCCUGGUUGGGGGCACCAGUGCACCAGCUCAUUUUAUGCUCAUGCUCCGCCUGUAAGGUGGGUACCCCAGUCAGCCUCACUUCCACACAGGGCAACUGAGGCUGAACUCAAGAGCUCAAGUCUGCCCUCCAGGUCCACAAGCAACAGAGGUGGGGGGUUCCAUCUGGGGCCUGGCCUGGAAUUCUCAUGCUGAGGGGCCCCUGGCUCCCCUCCACUCACGGCUGUGACAGGGCCUCGAUUUCCCCCUUCUGUAAAAUGCUAAUGAAGUGUCAUCACCUCCUAGGGGUGGCUGAGAGACAGCGAGCAGCCUGGGAGGGCCUGUGAGAGGAGCAGCGCAGUAAUAGGUCGGGGGGGGGGGGGGGGGGGGAGCGAAGACCCCAGGGAGAGACCUGCCCUGGCCAGACCUGUUUCCCUGCCUGAGAAAUAGGGCUGGCGGGGGGAGGGGUAUCCCCUGGGCUCACUGGGCUGGGGAUGUGGGAAGCCCCCUCCCCAGAAAAUGCGCCUCAGGCCAGGUGCCAACGCCCCACCCUCCCCGACGGCUCCUCUGGGUUGGUCCUGGCAGGCCCGGGGAACAGACGCGGCCGGUCCUCCCCAGGCCCGCUCCUGGACGGGGUGGGGCCCCCCUCUGGUGACGCAGCCGGGCCCCGCGCCGGCCUUCCCAUAACCGCGCGUAAAUCAGGGAACGGACGCCAGCCCCAGCGGGUGGCCCAGCUGCGGAGCGACACCGGGACUGGGUACUGGAAGCUCGUUCCUGGACCCCCAGAACCGAGCGGAAACAACCCACUCCCGCCCGUUCCGAGCCCCAACUCCAGACAGAACCCCAAGCCCAGGCGCAGCCUCGACUCCCGGUCCACCGGGACCGUGGCUGAUCUCGUCCCCAACGGAUCCCGCACCCAGACUCUGAACCAGUCGUCCUCUCCGGGGUUCCCGGACUCCCGCCCGGCCUCCGGCGUCAGAGCAGGGACGGGGGUGCCGUGGGCUCCGAGGACGCCCGGCCUCGGCCACGCACCUCUCCACCACCACCACCGCCACCGCCACGCGCGCGUGCCCUGUGUCCGCAGAUUCGUGCGAGGGCGUGGAGUGCGGCCCCGGCAAGACGUGCCGCAUGCAGGGGGGCCGCCCGCGCUGCGAGUGCGCGCCCGACUGCGCUGGGCUCCCGGCGCGCCUGCAGGUCUGCGGCUCCGACGGCGCCACCUACCGCGACGAGUGCGAGCUGCGCGCCGCGCGCUGCCGCGGCCACCCGGACCUGCGCGUCAUGUACCCAGGACGCUGCCGCAAGUCGUGCGCGCACGUGAUGUGCCCGCGCCCGCAGUCGUGCGUGGUGGACCAGACCGGCAGCGCCCACUGCGUGGUGUGUCGCGCGGCGCCCUGUCCCGCGCCCUCCAGCCCCGGCCAGGAGCUCUGCGGCAACAACAACGUCACCUACAUGUCCUCGUGUCACCUCCGCCAGGCCACCUGCUUCCUGGGCCGCUCCAUCGGCGUGCGCCACCCGGGCAGCUGUGCAGGUGUGGCGCGGAGCGGGGAGCAGCGGUGGGGCCCAACCUCCCGCCCCUCUCCGCGCCCCCACUUUUCUUUUCGUCCCUCCCGCUCUUCAGGCACCCCUGAGCCGUCGGAUGCGGAGUCGGAGUCGGAGGAGGAGAACUUCGUGUGAGCCCGUGGGGCCGGCUUGGGCCUGGCGUUCAAGGCCUCCCCGUUUUAUUUAUUGCCACAGCCGAGUCUAAUUUAUGUCCCAUGGACACUCCCCAGAGCCUGGGCCGGGACCACUUAGGAGGAGCCCUGGAGCCCCCUGACAAUACCUUGGAAGGAUUGGGGGAAGGGGGCCUGGGAGUGGGGCUGGUAGGUGGGGCUCCCCACUCCAGGCAGGAGGACCCCAUGCUUCUGCUCUAGGGGUUAGCUUAAAUUAUGGUCACCACGGAGAGGGCUGGGGAUUGCCUGCCAGCAAUUAAUGAAGAGGCACCCCCACCUUCUAGACCGCAGACUGGGAGUAACGAAGGGGUCCACAGCCCGGAUGUGUAUAAAUGAGCCGCAGAACCUCCCAGGCCCCAGAUAGGCCAAGGAAGCAGCCACUGUCCACAAGCCGCUCAAGGACUCCAGGCCCUACCUUCUCAGUGCCUCCAUUUCCAUUUCCCCAGGACGUCCUGUGGUGGCUCCUGAGAAGAGCCCAGUGUGUCUCCUGGGGUGGGAGAGGCCAGAAGAGAGCACUAUGUGUCGUGGUGCCCAGUGCACUUUGGGCGGGACCCAGUGGGGCCCACAAAAGAGCCCCUGCUCACCCACCGUGGGGUUUGUGUGCCAAGGCCGACUGCACACCCUGCCUCCUAGAGCUGUAUGUCUUAGCGGCACCCCCUCGUCCCUGCUGCUCCAUCCGAAGGGAAGGUCCAGACCAGGACCCCUCGGUCCCAUGAGACAUGCCUUGGCCAAGCCUCUAAGCCCAGUUUCCAGGUGGACCCACCUCAACCACCAGCCGGCCGGGAGUUUUGACACCUGCCAGAUGCUGGCUCUGGGCAGGGUCGCUGCCUUCUGUUUGCUCAGUGUCACCUCCCCGUGUCUGCAUGUGGCAGAGGCUCAGACCGGACAUGGGGGGGCCCAACAGGCAGGAGCCCACCUCCCCGAGUUUGCAGUGAGCCGUGCAGGGGCCAGUUGUUUUCGUCCUCUCCUGGCCCCUCGGAAGUGCCUUACCUGUGACACCCAGAAAAGUGCCCUUGAGGCCACCUUCGCACCCUGGGGUCCUGCCUCACCAAAGAAAUAAAGACUAUAAAAAGCCA